AUGAGUGGUCUUCCGCCUCCUCCACCGCCACCAGGGUUUAAUAACAGAAACUCACUGCCGCCGCCUCCACCACCGCCUCCAGGAUUCGAGACACGGAAGAGACUACCUACUCAAGGUAGCGAACAGCGGAAUAAUCUGUCAUACCCACCACCACCACCCCCUCUAAGAUCUGAAUCUCAGAAUGUCAAUAACAAUGGGCAUACAAACAUAAAAGUCAAUCAUGGCGCCUCAUUUCCUUCGCCGCCGCCUCACACCCCUAAGCUGCAUUCAGACUCAAGCCGUCUGCUAUCUUCUCAAGCGUCGAGCCUACCGGUAAAGAGAAGAAAAACUGGUACGAAAGUUGAUCGAAAGGCAAAAGCAACUCGGAAAGAAUUGAUCGAACUACGAAAUGAAUGGUACCUGCUUCAGAAACAGAGGUUCAAAAAAAGUACUUUCAUAACAAGGAAGACUAAAAACAAGACAAAAAGAGGUGGGUUAGUACACUCUCACAAGGUUGAUAUGCCUCCAGAGCAUUUACGAAAGAUCAUCAACGACCACAGGGACAUGUCCUCUAAAAGGUUCAAUCCUGAUAGGAGAGCUUUUCUUGGGGCUCUGAAAUAUAUGCCUCACGCAAUCCUGAAGCUCAUAGAGAAUAUGCCGCAACCGUGGGAGCAAGUUAAAGAAGUGAGAGUCUUAUAUCACAAUACAGGGGCACUUACAUUUGUCAAUGAAAUACCGCGAGUCAUAGAACCUGUUUUUUCCGCACAGUGGUCAACCGUCUGGAUCGCAAUGAGAAGGGAAAAAAGGGACCGUCGACAUUUUAAGAGGAUGCGGUUUCCUCCUUUUGACGACGACGAACCUCCUCUCUCAUAUUCUGAACAUAUACAGGAUGUUGAGCCUCUUGAGGCAAUAAACUUGCAGUUGGAUGAUAUCGACGAUGCUUCGAUAAAAGACUGGAUUUUUGACUCAAAACCUUUAAUCGAAAGCGAACAAAGCGUUAACGGAUCUUCGUACAAAUAUUGGAAGCUUGAUCAUCAUACUAUGGCUAAUCUGCAUAGAGUAAGUUCACCGCUCUUAGAUACAAGCUUGGAUCAAAACAGUCGUUACCUUUUUGACAAGAAAUCUUUUUUUACUGCUAAGGCCCUCAACAAUGCUAUUCCUGGUGGGCCAAAGUUUGAGCCUCUCUUUCCGGCGGAUGAAGAAAGGGACUACGAUGAAUUUAACUCCAUUGAUCGUGUAAUUUUUCGGGUUCCAAUAAAAACAACGUAUAAGGUAGCGUUUGCUCAUCUGUAUAACAGCCGCCCGAGAGCUGUGGAGCUAUCGUGGUACAGUGACCCAAUUUCUUGUCUGACCGACGCUAAGGAAAACGAACUUGGACCAGUUUUCAAGUUUGAUACAUCCUUUAAUCUCGUCGAAGCCGAUUCGGAUAGUUACAAGAAGAAGCUGGCCAAAAAAAGUAAGUUUUCUUUGUCAUCUAACUUUCAGGAGCUAUUGGGUGACGUGGAUUUAGAGAUUCCUGAAACUAAAGACGCAAUUGCCCUCUUUCACGCCCCAUUCCCCUUCAAUAGGAGAUCAGGAAAUACAAUACGAGCACAAGAUGUUGCACUGAUAAAGAGGUGGUAUUUGCAAAAACCGGAGGGUGAGCUGCCUAUUAAAGUUCGAAUAUCUUACCAGAAGCUUCUUAAAAAUUACGUUUUGAACGAGCUCAAAUCGCCGUCAUCCUCUAAGGAUAGUAAGAAAAAGCUCCUAAAAAGCUUGAGAAAGACCAAAUUUUUUCAGCAAACUUCCAUUGAUUGGGUAGAGGCGGGCUUACAAGUUUGUAAUCAAGGUUUCAACAUGCUUAAUUUGCUUAUUCAUCGGAAAGGCCUAACUUAUCUGCAUCUAGAUUACAACUUCAAUUUGAAACCAACAAAAACACUGACAACUAAGGAACGUAAGAAAUCCAGGUUUGGUCACGCAUUUCAUUUAAUGCGUGAAAUUUUGAAAGCAACCAAACUUCUGGUUGAUGCCCACGUUCAGUACCGAUUAGGUAACGUCGAUGCUUUCCAGCUCGCCGAUGGGAUCAACUAUAUUCUCAACCAUUUGGGCCAAUUAACUGGUAUUUAUCGCUACAAGUACAAGGUCAUGCAUCAAAUCAGAGCUUGCAAGGACCUGAAGCACGUCGUUUACAAUCGUUUCAACAAGAUUAUAGGUAAGGGUCCUGGCUGCGGAUUUUGGCAUCCUGCGUGGAGAGUUUGGAUAUUUUUCAUGAGAGGCAUAAUACCUCUUUUAGAGCGCUGGCUGGGGAAUCUUUUAGCCAGGCAGUUUGAAGGUCGGUCAAGCGAGGUUGUCAAAACAGCUACUAAGCAACGUCUGGAUGCUUAUUAUGAUUUAGAGCUGAGAGCAGCAGUCAUGAACGACAUUCUAGAUAUGAUGCCGGAUGGUAUUAAGCAGAAUAAGACCAAAACAAUUUUACAACAUCUUAGCGAAGCUUGGAGAUGCUGGAAGGCAAAUAUUGCUUGGAACGUACCCGGAAUGCCAGAACCCGUGAAAAACAUCAUUGAAAGAUAUAUUAAAGCAAAGUCUGAUGGUUGGGUCUCCGCAGCUCAUUAUAACCGUGAUCGCAUUAAGCGUGGCGCUCAUGUUGAAAAAACUGUGGUCAGAAAGAACUUGGGAAGAUUGACACGUUUAUGGAUGAAAUAUGAGCAAGAGAGGCAACAAAAAAUUGAGAAGAACGGUCCUGAUAUAACACCAGCUGCUGCUACAGCAAUUUUCAAAGCUAUGGUUGACUGGUUAGAAAAAAAGGGUUAUUCACCCGUGCCGUUCCCUCCCUUGACUUACAAGAAUGACACGAAAAUUCUAGUGCUAGCCUUGGAGAACCUAAAAAAUGCCUACGCGUCAAAAGUACGUCUGAACGCAGCUGAACGAGAAGAGUUAGCGCUGAUCGAGGAGGCUUACGAUAAUCCACACAACACGCUCAAUCGUGUCAAAAAAUAUCUUUUGACUCAGCGUGUUUUCAAGCCUAUUGAUUUUUUUAUGAAAGACCAGCUUCAGUACGUCUCCCCAGUUUACUCAGUUGAUCCUCUAGAAAAGAUAACAGAUGCUUACUUAGAUCAGUAUCUCUGGUAUGAAGCAGACAAGAGGCAGCUAUUUCCAAACUGGAUCAAGCCUAGUGAUACCGAGAUUCCUCCUCUUCUUGUGUACAAAUGGGCUCAAGGUCUGAAUAACCUAAAUGAAAUUUGGGAUGUUUCUCAAGGGCAAUCGACCGUUAUGCUUCAGACGAAGUUGGAAGAGAUGGCCGAGAAAAUUGAUUUCACACUUCUUAAUCGACUGCUGAGAUUGAUAAUGGAUCCAAAUUUAGCCGAUUACAUUACAGCAAAAAACAACGUUGUACUGAAUUUCAAGGAUAUGAGCCAUGUGAACAAAUAUGGCCUUAUUAGAGGCCUACAAUUUUCAUCAUUUGUUUAUCAAUUCUAUGGUCUAAUAAUCGAUCUACUGAUCCUCGGUCCAGAAAGAGCACUUGAGAUAGCAGGUCCUUCUAACUCUCCCAAUGAAUUUCUCCAGUACAAAGACUUAGAUGUAGAAAAGCGGAAUCCAAUCAGACUGUAUUGCCGAUAUUUCGACAAAAUUCACAUAGUUUUCCAUUUUGAAGAGCAUGAGGCUGAAGAACUUGUUCAGGAUUACUUGUCUGAAAACCCCGACCCAAAUUUUGAAAAUGCUGUUGGCUACAAUAACAAAAGAUGCUGGCCAAAAGAUGCGCGAAUGAGAUUGGUACGAGGAGAUGUGAAUCUGGGUAAAGCCGUUUUCUGGGAGGUUGCUGGCCGCGUUCCGUCUUCUCUGACAAAUAUCUCUUGGGAAAAGUCGCUCUCAUCCGUUUACAGCAAGACUAACCCCAAUAUUCUGUUUACAAUGUGCGGAUUUGAAGUACGUAUUCUUCCCAACAUUAGAGCGGAGGAAAUGGUUUCGUCUGACGAAGGCGUUUGGGAUUUGAUUAACGAAGAGACCAAACAAAGAACAGCCAAGGCCUUCCUGAGAGUGUCGGAUGAAGAGAUUGAAAAAUUCAAUGAUACAAUAAGAGGAGUUUUAAUGGCAUCUGGUUCCACAACAUUCACGAAAAUUACAGCAAGAUGGAACACAGCAUUGAUUUCACUGUUCGCGUAUUACAGAGAAGCUGUUGUUGCUACAGAGACGCUUUUAGAUGUUCUUGUCAAAUGUGAGACGAAAAUACAAAACAGAGUUAAGUUAGGGCUUAAUUCAAAAAUGCCAACCCGGUUUCCCCCAGCCGUGUUUUACACUCCCAAAGAGCUUGGAGGUUUAGGCAUGCUAAGUGCUUCUCACAUCUUGAUACCAGCAUCUGAUUUGACUUGGUCAAAGCAAACCGAUACUGGAAUUACCCAUUUCAGGUCCGGGAUGACGCAUGAAGAAGAUAAACUUAUCCCAACUCUUUUCCGAUACAUUACGACAUGGGAAAAUGAAUUUUUGGACUCUCAAAGGGUAUGGGCUGAUUACGUUUCAAAACGUCAAGAAGCUUUACAACAAAAUCGUCGUUUAGCUUUCGAAGAAUUGGAAGGCUCCUGGGACCGAGGUAUUCCGCGAAUCAGUACACUUUUCCAAAAGGAUCGUCACACCUUAGCUUACGACAAGGGUCACCGUGCUCGAGUUGAGUUUAAGCAAUUUUCAUUAGAGCGCAAUAAUCCUUUUUGGUGGACAGAUGCCCACCAUGAUGGUAAAUUGUGGAACCUGAAUGCUUAUAGGACUGACGUAAUUCAGGCUCUAGGGGGGAUUGAGACUAUUUUGGAACACACUUUGUUUAAAGGGACAGGGUUCAGCUCAUGGGAAGGUCUUUUCUGGGAAAAGGCUUCCGGCUUCGAGGAUUCCAUGCAGUUUAAAAAGCUGACACAUGCUCAAAGAACUGGUCUAAGUCAGAUCCCCAACCGACGGUUCACAUUAUGGUGGUCCCCAACAAUAAAUCGGGCGAAUGUCUACGUGGGUUUCCUGGUUCAGCUUGACUUAACUGGUAUAUUUUUACACGGGAAAAUACCUACGCUCAAAAUUUCACUUAUCCAGAUCUUUAGAGCUCAUCUGUGGCAAAAGAUUCAUGAGAGCAUUGUUUUUGAUAUCUGUCAAAUUCUUGACGGUGAGAUGGACAUGUUGCAAAUCGAGUCUGUUGAUAAAGAAGCAAUACACCCACGUAAAUCUUACAAAAUGAACUCAUCAGCUGCUGAUAUUACCUUAUCCAGUAACUUCUCGUGGAAUGUUUCCCGCCCCUCCCUACUUCAUCAAACUAAUGACAGUUUUAACUCUGCAACGGCAAGCAAGAUGUGGAUUGACGUUCAGCUACGCUAUGGUGAUUACGAUUCUCAUGACAUCUCAAGGUACGUCAGAGCAAAAUUCUUGGACUACACGACUGAUAAUGUUAGUAUGUACCCGUGUCCUACUGGCGUCAUGGUUGGCAUAGACUUGGCGUACAAUAUGUACGACGCUUACGGUAACUGGUUCGACGGCCUGAAAACAUUGAUGCAAAAUGGUAUCAAAACUAUAAUGAAAGCCAAUCCCUCUCUGUACGUCCUUCGAGAACGAAUCCGGAAAGGAUUGCAGAUAUAUCAAUCUCAAACUCAAGAACCAUUUCUCAACUCUUCAAAUUAUGCUGAGCUUUUCAGCGAUGAUACUAAAUUGUUCAUUGAUGAUACAAAUGUUUACAGAGUUGCUGUCCACAAAACAUAUGAAGGCAAUAUCGCAACUAAGCCCAUCAAUGGUUGCAUUUUCACUUUAAAUCCAAGAACAGGUGAGCUGUACCUCAAGAUUAUUCAUACAUCAGUUUGGGCUGGUCAGAAGCGUUUGAGUCAAUUAGCAAAAUGGAAAACUGCAGAGGAAAUUAGCGCUUUGAUCCGGUCUCUCCCUAAAGAAGAACAGCCUAAGCAAAUUAUUGUUACCAGGAAGGCUAUGUUAGAUCCACUUGAAGUGCAUAUGCUGGAUUUUCCUAACAUUUCCAUUAGGCCCACGGAGCUGAAAUUACCAUUUUCGGCAUCACUAGCAAUUGAAAAGCUUUCAGAUGUUGUAAUGAAAGCUACAGAACCUCAAAUGGUUCUUUUCAAUAUAUAUGAUGACUGGUUGGAGAGAAUAUCAUCCUACACAGCAUUUUCGAGGUUGAUUCUGCUCUUAAGAGCAUUGCGCACAAACGAAGAAAAAGCCAAAAUGAUUCUGAAAAGUGAUCCCACAAUUCCGGUAAGGGAGUACCACUUGUGGCCCUCAUUUUCCGAUGAGCAAUGGAUUGAAGUGGAAUCGCAAAUGCGUGAUCUAAUUUUAGAGGAGUACGGGAAGAAAUAUAACGUUAACAUCGCGUCUCUGACGCAGACCGAAAUCAAGGAUUUGAUUUUGGGACAGAACAUUAAAGCUCCUUCCGUUAAGCGACAACAAAUGGCAGAAAUUGAAUCUUCAAAGGGGUCUGAUGGAGGAAACGCUGUUGAGCCGUCAGCAGCUUCUGCAAUGAAAAUAAGACAAACUAACGCUCAAGGUGAGGAAAUCAUGGUUGUGACGUCCACUAAUUAUGAGGCUCAAACAUUCAGCUCGACAAACGAAUGGCGCCAGCGUGCAAUUGCAAAUUCUUUGCUCUACAUGCGUUUAAAAACAAUAUAUCUAUCUUCAGAGGAGUUCGUGGAAGAAAAGAACGUUUACAUUUUGCCCAAAAACCUUUUGAAAAAAUUUGUGGAGGUUUCUGAUGUCAAAGCCCAGGUGGGUGGUUUCCUGUAUGGAAGAUCUGCCGCGGGUCAUGAAAAGGUGAAAGAGAUCAAGAUUAUUGUGAUGGUUCCUCAGUUGGGUAAUAAUCAUGCUGUUCAGUUGAGUCGAGUGUCGCAAGAUUCCCCAUAUUUACGCGACUUAGAGCCCUUGGGCUGGAUUCAUACUCACAGCGAAGAACUCAAACACAUGUCUGCCCCGGAGGCUACCGCGCACUCCAGUCUUUUCGAAAACGAAAGAAGUGCUCUCAAUUUGUCUGUUUGCCUAAACCCUGGUUCAAUUUCUCUGUCAGGGUAUACCUUGUGUGAGGAAGGGUUUGAUUGGGCCCUUGGCAACAAAGAUAUGUUCGACAUGGCUCCUCAAGGAUUUGAGCCAACAUUCAGCGAGCAUGCACAGCUGAUGCUAUCUGACAGAAUCAUGGGAUGCUUUUUAGUACCAACAGCCGACAUUUGGAAUUAUGCCUUUAUGGGCGCUGUAUUCAAUCCACAAAGUGAAGUUGACCUGAAACUCGAUAUUCCCCUUGAGUUUUAUAACGAAUUACACCGGUCAGUUCACUUCAUGCAAUUUAAUGAAGUUAUGGACAACGAAGAAUUAGAACCAGACCAAGAAGACGUUUUGGGAUAG